AUGAUGCCUGGCGCUCGGGAGGAGGUCUUCCUGUGCUCGGAACUUCAGGCGAUCGAGGUUUGGACUUUCUUUAUGCUCCUGGAUGGUGACAGUGGCCAAGAGAUCGACAUGGAGGAGUUCCUCUUCGGAUGCAUGCGCCUCCGCGGCAAUGCGAAAGCCCUGGACCUCGCAAAGCUGAUGCAAUCACACGCUUGGAUGGUCAAAAAGCAGGUGGAUUUCAUGAUGUUUUGCGAGGAGCAGCCGGGGCCCUGGGUGCUCUCAGAGUUGAUCUGA